CGCGUCCCCCCCCCCCUCGCGCAGGCGGGGGGGGGGGCCGGGCAUGCCCCGGCGCCCGGAUGCUCUCGGCGGCCAAGAGCGCGGCCUGGUCCGCGGGCGGCGCCAGGCCUCCCGAGGGCGGCUGCGGGCAAGAUAGGCCCGUGCUGCAGCGGAUCCGCGAGGAGUUCCAGGCCAUGGCGGGCCCGGACGGCGACAGCGUCUCCGUGGAGGACCUCGCGCGGCACUGGGAGAGGCUCGCCGAGGACGAGCAGCGCAAGCGCGGCCUCCACCGCCUCGGCGCCCCGGAGAAGCGGGCGGUCGCGCUGCGUGUUGUCAAGGCAAUCGACGAGGUGGACCUGCAGAACACGGGCUCCAUCCGGCUGGAGCACUGGGUGCACCACAGGCUUCUGCAGCAUGCUGGCGCCGAUCCCCAGCAGGUGAACGUGCCGCUGCGGCGGGCGCUGCUCCUGAACGCGCGCCUCCUCGUGGAGCUUCAGGAGAUGUUCCAGCAAGCCAACGUAUGCAGAGAAGCGGGUGCCUGA